GAUUGUCAACGUCAUCUGUGACGUUCGCAAAUCUCGAGUUUAAUGAAAAUAAUUUGAAAUGAUUACGAAACAAAACCGAGAUAUUCAUACUUCGGUGGAAUUCUCCAGUGCUAACUCCAGUGCUUUUUAUUCCACGAUGGGAAUACGGAAUAUUUUGAAAUCGAGAUGAUUUAAAAUACACCGUAAACAAAAAACAGAAAAUAAAACACAAAAUGGCGGGAAAUAAACAACCUGGUGGUGUCGUCCGUGACGUCACAGAUUUGCUAAUGGGCGGCACAUCUGCCAUGUUCGCUACAAUCUUCACAAAUCCCAUAGAGGUUGUGAAAACUAGGCUACAAUUGCAAGGAGAAUUGGCAUCUAAAGGGAAACAUGCGGUUUUCUAUAAAAAUGUUCCUCAUGCGUUGUUCGUUAUUGCGCGGACAGAGGGCGCUAUGGCUUUACAGAGUGGCCUGCCAGCUAUGCUGGGAUUUCAGUUCUUUUUGAAUACUUUUAGGCUAGGAGUAUACCGCAUAUCAGAACGUCGCGGUCUCACCACAGUAGAAGGUCGCACGUCUAUUGUACGAGGUGCAGUCGCCGCGGGUGUGGGGGGAGCGUUGGGUUCUAUAGCGGGGACUCCGUUCUUCCUUGUUAAGACACGGUUGCAGGCACAGGCAGCGGGAGCAAUAGCAGUAGGUCACCAGCACACUCAUAGUGGCACGUGGAAUGCUUUAACUGAUAUAUUCCGCAAGGAAGGAUUAAAAGGUUUAUUCCGUGGGGUCGGUCCCCAAAUCCCCCGUGGGGCAGUGGGCAGUAGUUCCCAAAUGGUCAGUUUUGCUUACGCCAAAGAAUUUCUUCGAGAUAAAGACCUAUGUAGGUCACCACUUCUAUUGUCCUUUAUGGGCGCCAAUUUGGGAGGCAUUGUGAUGACGUUGUGCUUGAAUCCUUUUGAUGUCAUGGCUACGAGAUUGUCUAAUCAACCGGUAGACGCCCAUAACCGUGGCAAGCUAUACCGCGGUAUGGCGGAUUGUUUCGUCAAAAUGCUCAAGUCUGAAGGAGCCAGUGCCUUCUACAAAGGUGUUGGGGCUAAUUACCUGAGACUCGGUCCUCAUACAGUACUGUUACUUGUAUGUUGGGACCAGUUGAAGACUUUGGAAGAUUAUUUGAGAAGCUAAAUAUUUAUUUAUUGGAGUUGUUUGUAAGGAAUAUUUAUCGUGAUAAUUGUGAACAAAUUAAUUAUAAAAUACUUGUUAAAAAAGCAUAACAUACUUACCUGUCGUUAUGUUUAAUCUUUCGAGUUAAAACCGAAACAUAUUAUCCUUAUAUCUUCACUAUGGUAUUGUAUAUAAUUUAAAUUACUCAAGGUCUGUUUAAUGACUUAAAAUCGGCACAGCCUUUUAGUAUUGUUAUAUUGCCAAAAAAUUAUAAUAGAAUAGGUAAAUAUAUAAAUUAUAGAUUAUAAUUCAUAAGGACUUCCAAUUCAUCACCAUUGUAUUUAAAUACUAACAGAGUAUAAUAUUUUUGUAUUUGUGUAUACUUUUUUAACGAAUUAUCAUUCCAUUGUGUGUUGUCUAUAAACUCGAUAAAAAAUCAUUUAUUUUCAUUGUUAUUGUUUAAAG